AUGGCUCGGGAUGCUGUUGCGGCCAUGGAAGAUAUACCCUACAACACAGUCAAGCACGACAUGGAAUCUGGCGUCGCAAAACCCUCGUUCACGACAGCCAUGAUCGAGGACUGUAUGAAGAACGCGGGGACUGAUACGUCGUUAACAAGCAUGAUCGUAUUUGUCCUCGUGAUGGUGCAAUACCCAGACGUGUUCAGAAAGGCUCAAGACGAGUUGCUGCGCGUCGUUGGCGACACAAGGCUCCCGGACUACGAGGAUAGGGCAUCGCUUCCGUAUCUUGAGUGCAUUAUCAAAGAGGUGUACAGAUGGUGCCCAGCAGUCCCUACAGCGAUUCCGCAUCAGGCCGCAGAUGACGAUGUCUACCGCGGGUACUACAUACCCAAAGGUUCGAUGAUCAUUCCAAACAUAUGUUUCAGGGCAAUGCUCCGGGACCCCGAGGUAUACCCAGAGCCCGACGUCUUCAGGCCUGAGCGAUUCUUCGGUAUGGCUACAGACAAGCAGUCAGUCAUGAAAGAUCCGAAGAAGAUAGUCUUCGGCUUUGGACGGAGGUAUGCAACAGGGGUGGACAUCGAGAGCGGCUGGUCGAAACAGUAUACUUGCAUGUGGCUCAUUGUCCUUUGA